AAUGCAAACGUUUCAGAGAUUAUGUUAUGGAUAGACAAACCAAUAAAAUAUUUGAACUGUCUCUUACAACUAAUUUGCAUGAAAGUAUUUGCAUAACUUGAUGGAUUUGCGUCAUAAUAUAACCUCUGUACCUGCUAAAUCAACAAAGAGCACGUGUUUAAGUGUCUUUCUGCAAGUAAAGUACAACCCAGUCAUUGCAUCUUUGCUAAAUGAGUCUAUCUCUUAAGUCGGUGCACCCCAGCUGACUGCAGUCAUUGACCUUCUGCCUGUAGUGUUGCCUACUCUUCCCUGUAGCCACAGAAGCCACCAACCUGUGAUGGUGUUGAUAAGCAGCAAGAGCUGAGUCUGUGUUUCCCAGCCUUCUCCCUUUAAGUGAAUCUAAUCUGUCUGACCUCCUCAAAUCCAACUAUUAAUAGGCUCAGGCAGAGCAGGGCUGUGUGGCUACGCACGACAUGGUGAGCCUGGCUAGCUACGGCUUAAGGAAAUCAAAGCAUGUUUAUGCAGCAGAAACACGGCUCCUGUGUGACUCUGUCUCAUUUAGCUGAAUCUGUUUAUUGUCCGAUUUAGCUUCAUGCAGACUGACUGCUGCUGUGGCCUGAAGAGAGUCAUGUUUGGCCUUGGCCUCCAGCACUGGAUACCAGCCUUGUUGUGCCAUGGCAGCAAAACAAAUAGACCCACCCUCUCCUCAAGCAUUCCCACGGACACACAAGUCAAUACCUGGCACUGUUAAAGAGUUAAAUAGCGGAGAAAACAGAAGUCCUCAGUGAUGACCUCCUACAGAUCGAACGGCGCAUGGAGUUGGUGCGGGUGGUGUCCCACAACACGCACAAGAGGAUGGUGUCGUGUCUACAGGGACACAUCGGUGCAGACGCAGAGAAGAGACAUUCCGUACCACGCCUCUAUACAGGAAAUGGUCAGAAAAAGCUUCCUCUGACAGCUCUGUCCCAAGCGAUGGUGGAAGGUGGAAACCAACUGGGAGAAGACUCCUUGAUAGGGAAGAUGAUGGAAGUGUGCGGGGAGGCAGAGAAUCGUCUGGCAUCAGAAUUGAUGCAACACGAGCUGCAGAUAGAGAAGGACGUUCUGGAUCCACUCAGCCAGCUAGCAGAGGUGGACAUCCCCAACAUCCUGAAGCAGAGGAAACAGCUGGCCAAGUUAGUGCUGGACUACGAUUCUGCCAGAGCAAGAUGGUUGCAGGCAACCAAGUCAAUAAUCUCAGGAACAAAUACACAAGCACUGACGACCAAGGCUGACCUACUCAAGGAGGAGGUGGAUGAGGCCAUGAACAAAGUGGAGCUUUGCAAGGAUCAACUUGCUGCCGACAUGUACAGUUUUUUCUCAAAGGAAGGCGACUAUGCCUGUUACUUUGUAAUGCUCUUAGAAGCUCAAGCUGAUUACCACAGAAAGUCUCUCACUCUUCUGGAGAGCGUCUUGCCCACCAUCCAGGCUCAACAAGACUCGUGGACAGAGAAGCCUGCGUUUGGCACGGGGCUGGAUGAACACCUGAAGAGAUCUGGAAGGGAGAUCGCUCUGCCAUUAGAGGCCUGCGUCAUGAUGCUUCUGGAGACUGGCAUGAAGGAAGAGGGUCUAUUCAGAAUCGCAGCAGGAGCGUCCAAGCUAAAGAAGCUAAAGGCGGCACUGGACUGUUCCACUUCACAACUGGAGGAGUUCUACUCCGACCCCCACGCUGUUGCUGGAGCACUGAAGUCCUACCUGAGGGAGCUCCCAGAACCUCUGAUGAACUACCAGCUUUAUGAUGAAUGGAUCCAGGCAUCCAGUGUGACGGACCCAGACAAGAGGCUCCAGGCACUCUGGGUUGUAUGUGAUAAGCUACCAAAGAACAACAAAUCCAACCUGAGGUAUCUGGUCAAGUUUUUAGCCAAACUGGCUCAGGACAGCGAGACGAACAAAAUGACGGCGAGCAACAUCGCUAUUGUCCUGGGACCCAAUCUGCUCUGGGCCAAAACUGAGGGGAGUCUGGCUGAAAUGGCUGCAGCUACCUCUGUGCACGUGGUGGCCAUCAUGGAGCCCAUUAUCCAGCAUGCAGACUGGUUCUUUCCUGAGGAGGUGGACUUCAACGUGUCCGGCAUGUUUGCAAUGCCCAUACCUGCAUCAAACCACAACCACAAUCACCUGGACUAUGACUGCAGUACCAUUGAGAGGAAGAGGCCUGGCAGUUCAAUGGGACCAGAGAACGACUCAAUGCGCAAAGACAACACCCCUAACAAGCACUCGGACCACACCCUCCGUAGAGGCAGUAACACCUUAGGUAGAAAGCAGCACACUUCACCUGCCUUCCAGCCUCCUUUACCCCCUGUGGAGGCUCCAGGGCAGGGGCACGGGGCUGGGCAGGUCCCCCAGCCCUCAGCCGAGCCCCAGCCACAAGCUCCUCCAGGGGGUGCUGGGCCUGACGCUGGCCAGCAUAGCUUGGCGCAGAGUUUGGCUGCUCUUGCAGCCGCUCAGCAGCUUCUAGCCCAGCACACAGAAGAGCUCAGCAACCCAAGGCUACGUGACUCCACAUACGGCCUGACCCCUCUGCUUCAGAGGAACGGCUCUGGAGGAGGGGGCCCGGCUGUAGGACACAUGGGCACUGGGACCUCUGGGGCUGGAUCCAUGGGGCCCAGCCCUCACACGUUGCGCAGAGGUACCAAGAAACAGGCUCCUCCCCCUCCUAAACCGACAAACCCCCCUCCCAGCCAGCCCUUUAAUUCAGUAAACCACGCCUCCUUGUCAGGCUCCUCCCAGUCCCUCAGCCCGACCCCCAGACCUCUCUCCAGCCACUCCCCCACCUCACCCACCUCUCCGACCUCCCAGCCAUGUGCCACGCCCAGACGCCACUCCAGCAACCAGCCACCGAUCCAGGCGCCCAGCCAUCCGCCCCCGGAGCCUCCGACACAGACCAGUCCCCUGAUGCCGCUCGCAUCACUCGGCCAGUCCGGCGGGGACCAGCAGAGCUCGGACCCCUCGCCUCCGGGCACCCCGACCCCUCCGGACACCCCUCCGCCCUCCACCGCCACCCAGGAUGCAGUUGCUCCUCCGUCCCCGUCUCCCUACCAGUCGGGCUCUCUUCCCCGGCCGCGACCCGUCCCCAAGCCCCGGAACAGACCCAACGUCCCACCGCCGCCUCAACCCAGCCCACUGACCGGAGACACUAAUGGGAUCUGUGCCACUGCAUACAAGAUGAUGGACCCGGCCAUGUCUUUCAAAGGGCUGAGUCGAGCGUUGGUCCCUGAGUUCGCUGUAGAGCAGCAGCCAGCGAUGAGCCCUUCAUCCUCCUCCUCCUCCUCCUGCUCCUCCUCCUCCUCCUCCAUGCUGCCUCCUCCCAAAGACUGUGACCUGGACUCUGAGAGCACCAUCCUAUAAGGAGGAGACACUGACACGCUCUGGUCCAGAAACGCCCCUCACACACCUCCGCUCAUCAUACACACACCUCAGUUAGUCUCCUUCUGUUUUCUGCAGCCCUCCUCACACUGAGACCAACCUCUGCUGCUGUCCAGCGCCAAUGAUCCACUCUUAACGUGACAUAAUGCACCUUCUGGCAGUGAUGGACGUCACAGUGCUUCAGUGAAUAAUAGCUGGGCUAGAUGAUUGUUUGAAUGGCUGCCGCAGCCAUAGACUUAACUUCCUCUCAAUGUACACAAACGAUUCACAUCAUUUGGAGUCAGUCACAGCAGGGAUCGUGGUGCGGAGCCGCUGUAUCGAGGCUCAGCUGAUACACACACUCGGCCAAUCCUGAGUCGGCCUCAGCUGUCAAUCAUGACGUUUCACCCCCUUUUUAUAGCAUUAAAUAACUAAUUAAACCCCGUACCAGAAAAAAUUACACCUGAACAAGAACUACCUAAAAUGAUAAAAAAUCUAUUGACCUGACUUUAUUUUGCUCCAUAUCUCAUCCACUAAACAGGCAGGGAUUAUGACCUAUACUUCAGCAAGCCACCAGGGGGCGAUUAAGACGAUUUUUCUUCAACCGUGCUGAUUUUUGAUGGUCAAUGUCAUUGUGUGUUCAAUACACAACACUUUCUAACCAUCUCAACUUAGUCAGCACGUUGUUGUCGGUAUGUUUGAUUUACCUGCAAGUUAACUAGUGUGGCUAAAGCGUAGUAACAUCACUUACUGUUAAAAUUACAGACGCAGAUUAGCAGUAGGUUUUUAUUUUCUACAUUAAUUAUCUUACAAAUACUAUACAGUUAAGAGCUGAAAGUCAAUUAAAGGGCAAACAUUUUCAUAAUCGAUCAGGUUUUAAGCAAAAUCCCAAAAUGAACGGGUUCCAGCUUUUUUUCAGUCUUCCAUGAUAAUUAAUAAGAUCUUUGUCUCAAGGCACAUCACCAGAUUGUACAAUUCACCUUCACUCAGUGUAAUUGAACUGACGUGGAUUCAGUUUCUUUCUGCUUCGCUCGUUUCAUCUCAAGCUGUCGGCCAUUAUUCACUCACUGAGUCCUUUUGACUACCAUGACGGUGCCACGUGUGUUUGUGAGGAGACGUGUCACACACACACACACACACACACACACACACACACACACACACACACACACACACACACACACACACACACACACUGCCACCUCCAUCUUCAUACCGCGCUCCCUGCAGAAUGACCUCCAGACAGCAGAGUGCGAGGACAGAAGAUUCACCAGUGACGCUGUCAGACAUUGAUGCGUAGCAAUAUGAAGCACGGCCGCUGACUGUGAACAGAAAAGAAUGGGUUGUGAGGUGAGGGGUUUGGGUGGGGGGGGGGCCUCGGUGAAAGCCACAAUAUGGACUGAAGAGACCCCUGUUUGGAAUUUUGGUGUGAGGUGUUUUUUUGCAUUUUGUACUGUUGAAAAAAUGGCCUUAGAAGAAGAUUUAAAAAAAAGAAGAAGAUGAAGAAGAAGAGGGGGGUAUUUCUACAGCAUGAGGGAGGGGUGGUCGGGGGAUCAGCAGGUGAAGUAGAAACCAAAACUGUUGCGUAACAUGUAGCUGGUGACUGCAGGUUUCCAGUCGUCGAUUUCCCCUCCUUUUUUAUUUUUUUUUAUUUUAAAGGAAACCCUCCCUCCCCUCAAUCCUCUGUCACUCAUGUAUUUAUUUACCAAGUUCUGAAAACACACACAUUCCCUGUGGCUUGACUUAAUUAAUUCAGUCUUUAAAAUGUAAAUCAUGCCUUAAGGGUUCCUCCCAGAACCCCCUAAUAAGCAUUAUAUGAUAUUAUCUAUUUACUGUACGGAGGAUGUACUUGGCUCCCAGUACUUACAGUAUUUUCCAAGAAGCUGUCUUGGCAACAGUUGUGUUUCAGGGAUGUGAAGACGGUGACUCAGCAGCAGCAGCAGUCGUGUGUAUGUGUGAGUGUGUGAGAGAGAGUGUGUGUGUGUGUGGGUGGUUGGUUCUGUGUCGUUCCUCGGGAGAUGUGUAUUUAAAUGUGUUGACUUGUUUGGGUUGUUUUCUUUUUACGAAGCAGAAGUAGCAGGGUGAAGCCUGAACACAAUCAGUAUUUUAGCCUUCCAUCCGUCUCUUUGUUUUCUCUGGUUGUUUGUCGGGACGUUACACACAACAGACUGCGUGAGUGUGUGUGUGAGAGUGAAUGUAGUGAAAGGAGAGUUUUGAAACCAGCUUCUUGAUCCUGAAGAGAAAGACACGUCAUAAAAACAGCUGAUAUUGCACUUGAGCGCAGGCCAAUGAGUGGUUUCCUAGUUUAGAGGUAUUUCUUAUUUCCAGUCUUUCCCACUGAGCUGAGGGCACACGCCGCUGUGAUCCCUCAGUAGUGACGUGGCGUCAGAUUGAUGUAUUUUUUUUUUUCGCCAGGUCAAAUGAUGAAGAAAAAAUGGCUUUAUUGUAUUUUCUGUGUAAGCUUUUGCAUUAUUUUUUUUCUUUUCUGGCCUCAAACAUAAUGCAGAGUUCCGUUCCCAGAGAACCGACUCGACAUGGUACAUAUGGAGAGAGUCUCGGAUGCUGCGGUUGGAGCGUCGUCGUCCCCCCCCCGUCCCCCCCCUCUGCUCCCGUACCUCGCUGCCUUAUCCCUGCGCAUCAAGCUCGAAGCUUCUUUAACGACAGAAAGCUGCCACGAAACUAGAGACGAUGAUGAUGAUGCUGCGUUUUGCAGCUCCAUAGUUUUGUAUGUUUGCUGUUUGGCCAGCUUAAAUGUGGAAUAAAGACAUGUAAUAGGAAUGCUUGGUUAUACCCCCUUUCCAAAGAAAUAAAGUAUAUGAAGAAACUA